AUGGUCUCCGCGAGUGCGUACGCCGUGUUAUCGCUCGCCGCGUUCGUCGGUAACGCCGGCGUCGCGGUCACAGGGUUCGGUAUGGCCAUAGUGUACUGGCUCGUGGUGCAGAUCGCGGACGUGAGCGGACACGCAGUCGACGCGAGGCGGGCGAUUUUCAUUCAGUCGCUCUCGCUGCUCGCGGCGCAGCCGCUGUUGUUGAAGAACGCGAAUCCGCGAAAAUACGCCACGAGAUCGUUGAUGCGAUUAUUUUUGCCGGUGACGAUUGUGUCGACGCCGCUCGGGCAGUUGGCUGGGGAUUACGUGAACGUCGAGGUGAUUCAACUCGUCGCGGGGAUCCUCGUGCUCGGCGUCGCGUGUUUCGAGCUGUACAGGAAUCGGGCGCUAGUCGUGACGGUGGUGCGCGAUUGCGUCGCGCCAACGAGAGACGAUGAAACUUCGAUCGGCGAUUACGACUUGCUUCAGGAGCUCGGGAGCGGGUCGCAGGCCGUCGUAAAACUUGCCGAACACAAACAGUCAAAGAAGCGAUUCGCGAUGAAAAUCAUCCAGAAGACGAAACUGGGACCGAACAUCAGCGACAAGCAGGCGAAGAUAAUGACGGCCGAUGACAUGGCCAGGAUGGAAGCGAAAGUUAUGAAAGAUCUCGAUCAUCCGAACAUUAUUCGCUUGGUCGAGGUGAUCGAAACGGACGCUCGCUGGUACUUUGUGAUGGAACUGAUUCACGGCGGUGAGCUCUUUGAUCACCUCGCGGACAACGGCGCGUACGAGGAGGCAACAGCACGCCAAAUAAUGAGACAACUAUUUGAAGCCGCCAAAACUAUGCAAGCGCACGGCAUCAUACACCGUGAUCUUAAGCCGGAGAACAUAAUGCUCGCCGAGGCGGCGACGAACGCGGGUUCCGCGCCAGUGGUGAAAAUUGCUGAUUUUGGUCUCGCCGAGUUCAUCAAUGAUGCGGGCAAACACUCGACUUUUGUUGGCACGCCAAACUACAGCUCACCUGAGAUGUUGGACCCGGGGAGCACGUACAAAGUCGAAUACGGUGCCGCUUGUGACGCUUGGAGUCUUGGAGUCAUUGCGUACAACCUUAUGGCUGGAUUCCAUCCAUUUGACGACGAGUGUUCUGAUCCUCCACUCCUUGAGCAGAUGCAAAAGAGCCACUUUGACUUCAAACAUCCCAUUUGGGGAAACAAGUCUGAGGCUGCGAAGAAUUUCAUCCGCGCACUACUUGAAGUAGAUCCUAUGAAACGUCUAGAUGCGUCUGGUGCGCUUGCCCAUGAGUGGAUGACAAUGACGCUUUCGGCACCUAUCUCUGGGCUGGCGCAUACUGGGCAAUACAAAAAGAGAAAAGUCGAUGAAAGCGCGCCGGCCUUCUUCAUGAUCGGCUCGCAGCGCUCUGGCUCCAACUGGCUUCGAACUAUGCUCGAUGAGCGCGAGGACCUCGCGUCGCCUCAUCCUCCGCACAUCAUGCGAGACUUUAUGCCCAUUCUGGACAAGUUUGGCAAUCUCGACGAUCCGGAAUACUUACGUAUCCUAAUUGAUCACGUAUGUACUUUUGUGGAGCGUAACCAAGUUCCUUGGCUCACCAUUCACAACACGUUAAUUAACUUUAAUCGCGCUGAAUGUGAGAGGUUCGUUACGGAAAAACUUGACGUACUCCGAGCAACGGCCAAAGGUACUACUCUCCCGAAGGGUAUGCAUCUUCUUGCCAUCUUCGACUUCGUCUACAACGAGUUCACGAUUGCAAACGACAAGCGUAUUUGGAUGUGCAAGUCGAUGGGAAUGUCAAAGUAUCAUGACAUGCUGCUUCAGUACUACGGUGAGCAUCGCCUGCGCUAUUUGUACCUCGUGCGCGACCCGCGUGAUGUUGCGAUGUCCUUCAUGAAGACGCCCGUAGGGGACUGUCACUAUUACCCAAUCCUCACCAAGUGGUGCGGACUGCAAGACGCCGUGUUACCAAUUAUGGAUACGCAUUCUCACUUGAUGUUGAAGGUUCACUAUGAAGAGUUGCUGAGCGAGAAAGAAGCUACGAUAAAAAAAAUAUACGACUUCAUCGGCAAGCGCCGCUUCGGGAUGGGGCAGCGCAGAGGUAGCGUGUUGGGUCUCGAGGACGUGAGCACUUUAAUCGAUGGCGCGAAACGCGGUCGACAGGCGGCAGCCGCUGCCGGUCUUUCUUACCAGUUCCAAAAUCUUGUGCGAGGGCAAUCUUUCGCGGCAAAACAGCACAAGAAAUGGCUCAACGGAGAUGAGCCAUUGUCUGAGAACGACCUCUUACUCAUUGAGUCGAUUGCGCACAAUCAUAUGAAGCGCCUUUCUUAUGAAACGCACAUCGUGCCUCAUAAAAAGAGACCGCUGGUUUUUUCGCAAGAGCAGAUAGAAGAGUUCGGGCGCCUCAACAAACUCGCCAUUCAGAACAUGAUGGCAACCCUUGAGGUCGAGAAUCCCGGCGACGCAGCGAGGCGGAAGCAUCAGGCCGAAGUGCUCUCUUUGCCAGCACAGUUGAUAGCGUGGAAAGACGAACAUGCCUGCAUCGACGUUGGUGACGUCACGGACGCACCGUAUCCACAUGAGUGGCCCAAGGAUGCGCACAUUUACGGCUACCUGACAGAUGAGGAGGUGGCUGCCGGAUUGACCAUGAAGGAGCACGUGACUACCUGUAGUGACGGUUCGAACAUUCGUUGGGCAGCCUUGUCGCAAAAGGGAUACUAUCCGACUGAUUUUAAUAGGCUGAAGAAGAACCAAGAUUCCUUCGAUCUCCAGGCGAAUGUUGCCGGACGCGAGGGCAAGCAUUUUGCGGCAGUCUUUGAUGGUCAUGGAACCACCGGCGAUGUGUGUUCCAACUUUGCGAAACUUCACAUACUCAAAGAGUUUGAGUCUACGAUGCGCCGAAGUGAAAAUGCCGCGUCGGCUCUUCGCGACGCACACGAGGUCGUGAACCAAGCUCUCCACGACGACAAGUCGAUAAAUGACGAAAAAUCUGGCACGACAUCCGUGUGCGUGUAUCUGGACGACACGAACUUGUGCAUAGCGAACGUUGGUGAUUCUAUCUGCAUGGUGGGUAAAAUCGGUGCCAAAGAUGGCCGAACGCUAGAGGCUAAAGUGCUGAUGAAAGAGCACACGCUCACCGAUCCAGCUGAGCGCCAGCGUAUUGAGAGCUCCGGUGGCCGCGUCAUGAAGGAGUCACAGAUAGACAGCGAUGCCGCACAAACACACGCCUCACCGAUGCGAAAGUUCAGAAAGAGUCUUUCCUUGAAAGAAGUUGAUGAUGGAGAGCAACUGCGCGUGUACGCCGCUAAGGGCAAGAAUCCAGGGACGGCGUUUUCGCGCUCGCUCGGCGAUUCCAUGGCGGAAUCGCUUGGCGUCAUUGCUGAGCCAGAUAUCGAGCACUACGCUCUACGAGCCGAAGAUCGAGUCGUUAUCCUCUGUAGCGAUGGCAUCAGCGAUUUCAUCGCCCCUGACGAGGUUAUGAAAGUCUGCUCGUUGUACAACAAUCCGGCGGACGCUUGUCGUGCUCUCGUGGGCGAGGCGUAUAAGCGCUGGAUAUCCUCGGAAGAUCGUACCGAUGAUAUCACAAUCAUCAUCGGUUUCCGUGGAAGUAAGAGUGAUCCCUCAGGAGAUAUCCCAGUGGCAUCUUCGAGCACUGCUCUGACGACGGAAGGCAAGAUUUGGACCGUCGGCAUGGGCUUUGCGAGUGGCUUCUUGGGCGGUUUGUGCGGCAUCCGUGGCCCACCAAUCAUCCUCUACUUUCUUCACGCCCCUAUUAAAAUGUCCAAGGCGGUCCAAAAGGGCAACGGGGCCGUCAUCACGGCGGCGAACGUCUUUGUGCGAGUGUUGGUUUACGCGAUCAAGUCUGCUGUGGACGAAAAGCACAACCAGUUCGCGUCGGACGAUGUUCCUCUGUAUGUUGUCAUCGCCAUCGUGAGCAUAGGCGGCGUCGCGAUUGGUCAGGAUAUCUUUCAGAUGAUGAAGGAUAGUCAAGCCACGAUAAAGACGGUUUUGUGCUUCCUCUUGCUCUUGUGCGGCAUCAGUUUGAUAAUCUCCGGGGCGUGA